AUGAGAGAGUGUUUAGAUGAUAUAAAUGAAGUUCUUGAGCCAGAGAAGAGAAGGGAAAAACGAGCGGUCAUAGAUCGAAGACGUGAAGAAGGGAACAUCCGCUUGAUCAAUGAUUAUUUCAGUGAGAAUGCUAUCUAUCCCGAGGCCAUUUUCCGACGUCGCUUCCGGAUGAACCGACCAUUGUUCAUGCGUAUAGUUAACAAGCUAUCCGACUUACCCUUCUUUCAGCACAUACCGGAUGGUACUGGAAAGCCCGGUUUGACCGGCUUACAAAAAUGCACUGCCGCCAUUCGUAUGCUCGCAUAUGGCAAUGCAGCUGAUGCAGCGAUGAAUACCUCAGACUAG